GUUUCGCCGUCGAUAUUGCACUUUUCCUAUCUACUUCUCUCUACUUCAAAAUGUACCCGCGGUCACGCAGGUACUUUUGCUCAGCUUCUCUCUCAGUCUCCUACAGUAGUGUCUCACCGAUCAUUUUCUGCAUCAUACCUGCUCAGUUAUAAAAUGGUCCUUGCUUAACCUUAUAAAUACCCUGGUUCCGAAAUAUGUUGGAAAAUUAUGUUCUCACCCUUGUGAUUUUGUCGUCUCAUUUGUGCGCAGGAGCGAUUUAUAGCUUGCAAAUGGAGGCAAUUAGAUUGGCGAGACCUUGCUAUGUUCUGUCGAGCAAUGCUAAAUCAUCGGACCUUGAUAAAGCCAACAGUUGUUGUAUGGAUGCCGCAAAUUUGAUUACUGAUAGUCGAACCGACGAUGCUGAGAACAAAUGCCCUAACUCUCAGAAUGCCAAGUGUUCUCCGAAACACACUCACGGCGGCUUGAGGUACAGGUGUACUGUGGAGGUGCCCAACCCCCAAUUUCAGUCUCCUCCCUGGUCUUCCAGUCGGUUAUCCCCCCGUCUUGGUCGGAUACCCCGUCCGUCCUUCAAUCGCUCCUUCCAAACGAAGGAACUUUCCUCUUGCUUCUCAGAGGUUUUUGACAACUUCCCACCCCCUUGGACCAAGAUAUAUUCAAGAGAAAACAUCGAAAGAGCUAUAUCGUCUCGUUCUUCAUUCCCUUCCUCAUGGCCUCCGUCUUUAGCCCUGCACUCGGCAUCCAGACUUCAUCGGAGACAUGCACUCAACCUCCAGAACCGUAAAGAACCAGCCAAGGAUUCCAAACAUGUGCCCUUUUCGGAGUUCGAUUUUGAUCUGGUCGAUGAAAAAAGUUGGGAAAUCGUUGGGAAGAGCGCAGCGGUUUUUGCUAUUCAAGGACGUAGGAAAAAGAUGGAGGAUAGGUUCAUUGUGCGAGAGACCACGGAUGUAGGAGUGUCUAUCUUCGCGAUUUUUGACGGGCACAGCGGAGAGUUUGCUGUAAAAUACGCUGAAGAUAACCUGGUGCCUAAUAUAAUAAGUAAAAUAAAAUCUGUGCAACCGAAGCAAAAAUUCAAGAGAACACACUCAUGGCCAUCCCCAUUCUCUCUAUCUUUUCCAUCAUCUCCUAGGAAACGAGCAAUUCUUUCAGAAUAUGUGAAAGAAGAAGGAAUUGACUAUGAAAAAAUUUUGGAGGAUGUUAUCAUAGCAACAGAUGCAGCACUUUUGGAUGAAGCCAGGAAAGUGACCGAUUCGAAGUUCAAGGCAGGCGGAACUACUGCGCUACUAGCUCUAUUUGACGGAUUGAAACUAUACGUGGCGAAUGUCGGUGACUCGCGUGGAGUGAUGUGCGAUGCCUCGGGAGAGACCGUUCUACUAUCGGUUGAUCACAAACCAGACUUGAAAGAAGAAGAAGAACGAAUCAAAGCAGCUGGGGGCACCGUUAGGCGCAGGAAUCCCUCAAGUAGCACGGCUCGAGUGGAUGGAAAACUAGCAAUGUCAAGAUCACUCGGCGAUAUGUCCUUGAAAGACAAAAAAUUGAUAAUCCCGGACCCCACGAUCAAGAUUUUCGACCUGAGCAACAAGCCGCAAUUCAUCAUUAUGGCAUCGGACGGUCUAUGGGACCGUGUCACCAACGAGGGGGCGGUCGACUUCAUCAAAACGCGACUCGACGAGCCGCACUUCGGUGCCAAAAGCUUGGCGCAUUUCGCGUAUUUCCGGAAAUCUUCGGACAAUAUCACUGUGAUGGUGAUCAAAUUUAAGGGUCAUGUUUGGUUGAAUCGGGUCCUGUCCAGAUCGGGUUCUAGGAGUCCGAAAAGCGAAAAAAGUGGGAGGAAAGAGUCGCCGUAACGAUGAAAAUCACGCAUCGAGCUUUGGCAAUACUGACGUAUACUGCCGUGAUAAGGAAAAACGCCGUAUGAGCAUUCCGAUGCUGCCAAAUUUCCUCUUGGAUGAUGUUAAUUUUUGAAGAAAUUUAUGAUUAUUUUCCUCGAGAUUUCUAGACCUUUCCUGGGCCGCUUGUGGACCGAACCUGCAAGUACUUCGGUACGAUUUUUUAACGAGUUUUUUCUGCUCAGGCUUUUUCCUCGCUACUCAAGCUCCAGCCCUCAUCACUAUUUGCGGCUUUUUUUCUAGAAUGGCGUCGUAACUGCUCUGCCAACUGGAGGUGAACUCGCGGCACUGGGUUUUUGCUGCAAAGUCAUCACACGUCCGCUCACACCUUAGAGCAAGUCUAAAAGUUCAUUCGAGUUAAAUUCAAAUAUUUUUUGGAAUUCUCUUUAACAGAUUGAUGCUAGUAUUACCUGGCAGUUGUUGUCAAGUUUUCAAAGUCAGCUUUAUUGUCAAAAUCAUGUAAUUUGAGACAAUAAACCAAUUUGAUAUAUACAAAGUGAGCAAACUCAGUCCUAGAAUUAAAAAAAAAAAAAAGAUUUCUAGAUGUUUUAGAUUGAAGUGCGAACGAAAUUCUCUGGAAAAUCAAAGGAAAAAUAUUUUCGAAUUUACCCAAAAAUCUGAGAUUUAUCUAAGGUAAAUUGGCAACGGCUGAGGGUACAUAUGACGUUUUUCCUUAGCUCGACAGUAUAAAGGGCUAACGAACAAUACCACGUAAUCGACGAUUUUGACGAAAAUGAGUGAGCGACUUUGCCGUAUUCUAUAGUAUAAAAUUUGUAGGCUGAUGAUUUUAGUUUUAUCCCGAUUCUGUAGGGGAGCGCUUCAAUUUAGUGUAGUGCAUGAAAAAAUUUCAAAUCUAACCUUCACAUUUUCAAAAUAGCGAAGUUUUCUCUUUCUCCUGCAAAAUCGUCAGUCUGUAGAUAGGCGGUAAUGACAAUCUAUAUCUAAGUUAACAGCAAACACUCAAAGGCUGAUUAUUGAAAGUCAUAGAUAAAAAAAGGAUGUGACCGUUGCUUACCCCGUAACGUAUUCGGCAGCAAAGUUCGAAAUUCAAAGUAUGGAAAACAAACCAUAACGUCAUUUUGUUCAUCGACGGACUCUUUCUGACCGAACUGUUUUCUAACGCUUCAAUCAAAUAAAACACGGAUUCAUUGAGUUGCAUCAGCUCGUAAAAUCA